AUGAACGACUGGAUGCCCAUCGCCAAGGAGUAUGACCCCCUCAAAGCCGGCAGCAUCGAUGGCACGGACGAGGACCCCCACGACCGUGCCGUCUGGAGGGCCAUGCUGGCGCAGUACACUCCCAACAAAGGCGUCACGGGGGACCCCCUCCUCACCCUGUUCGUGGCGAGGCUGAACUUGCAGACCAAAGAGGAGAAGCUGAAGGAGGUGUUUUCCCGCUACGGGGACAUCCGGCGGCUUCGGCUGGUGAGGGACCUGGUCACGGGCUUUUCCAAGGGCUACGCCUUCAUCGAGUACAAGGAGGAGCGGUCCCUGCUCAAAGCCUACCGGGACGCCGACGGCCUGGUCAUCGACCAGCACGAGAUCUUCGUGGACUACGAACUGGAGAGGACUCUCAAGGGCUGGAUCCCUCGGCGGCUGGGAGGAGGGCUGGGGGGGAAAAAGGAAUCCGGGCAGCUGAGGUUUGGGGGGCGGGACCGGCCUUUCCGGAAACCCAUCAAUCUGCCCGUUAUCAAAAGCGACCAGUACAGAGAGGGGAAGAGGGAAAAGAGGGAGCGGUCCCGAUCCCGGGAGAGACACUGGGAGCCGAGGACCAGGGAGCGAGACCAUGACCGGGGCAGGGACAAGAGGCGGCAGGAAAGAGAGCCGGCCAGGGGGUGGCCGGGAAAUGACUGGGAGAGAGAGCGGGACUUCAGAGAGGACAGGGCCAAGGGGAGGGAGCGGAGGGACAGGAGUAAGUAG